CUGGGGAACAGUACUAGCGACACCAGCGCUGCGAGCAGAAAGCGGCGUAGCACAACUACUCAUUGUCCGCCAGCCACAAGCAGAUGCCCAUCCUCAUUCCUUUGAGGAAGAAGCGUCGAGGCGUGCACUUUAGACCUGCCAUGGCCACCCCGCAAGCUCCUUCCCAGUCACCCUCCGCCAGACUGCAGGAACUUCUCACCACAUCACAACGAAUCGAAGAGCUCUCUGAUUCUGAAGGCUUCGAAGACGCAAUGGAGCCCGCGUCCGCACAAGCACCGCCUUCGUUUCCGAAGCUGCAGAUGUUUACUUCGCCGUUGCGGGAUGAGUUGGUGACCGACAGCUCCGCGAUUGAAGCCGAGACGUUGGACGACAUACUGCCAUUCCUUGAGGACAAUCCGUACGACUUCGAGCUGAACUCCUUCGGUGUACCGAAGCUGCAGCGCGCCCAGCAUGUCGCAUUUCUCCGCAGAGCACUGGGCAACUAUCCGGCGCAGUUUGCUGCUAUGGAUGCUGCCCGGCCUUGGCUUCUUUAUUGGAGCUUGCAAGGCCUGACAUGUCUUGGAGAGGACGUCUCCGAGUAUCGCGAACGUGUAACGUACACUUUCUCAGCAGCUCAGCACCCCAUGGGCGGCUUCGGAGGCGGCCACGGCCAACUCCCGCAUCUGGCAGGUUCAUACGCCGCAGUUCUCAGCUUGGUCAUCGUCGGCGGUAAAGAAGCAUACGACAUGAUAGACCGAAAGGCCAUGUGGCACUAUCUAGGCAACAUGAAGCAACCCGACGGCGGCUUCACCAUGGCUCCCGGCGGCGAAGAAGACGUCCGUGGCGCUUUCUGCGCAAUGGUCAUCUUGACCCUCCUCAACCUCCCUCUGGACCUCCCACCAACAUCACCCGCCAAAAUAAAAGGCGACGAAACGUUCCUCACCAAGCUUCCCGAAUGGAUAUCGCGCUGCCAAACCUUCGAGGGCGGCAUCGGCGCUGCCCCUACUAACGAAGCCCACGGCGGCUACGCUUUCUGUGCCCUAGGAUGCCUUGCCCUCAUCGGCUCUCCUAAAGAAAUGCUACACAAGCAUCUCGACGUCCCCGCAUUGUUGUCCUGGCUUGCGAGCCGGCAAACGCAGCCAGAGGGCGGUUUCCAGGGGCGGACGAACAAGCUCGUAGAUGGGUGCUACAGCCACUGGGUCGGCGGGUGCUGGGGGAUCGUCGAGGCGGCCGUGCAAGGGAGUAACGAUGGCGUGGGGGCGAGGCUGUGGCGGAGGGAGGACCUGGUCCGAUAUAUUCUUGCGUGUUGCCAGGGGCAGAAGGGGGGGCUGAGAGAUAAGCCUGGGAAGCACCCAGACGCCUACCACACCUGCUAUAACCUCGCUGGUCUGAGCGCGGCGCAGCAUCGGUACGUGUACGACUAUGAGAAAAGCACUGGAGCUGCUGCUGCGCCGUUGAGUGCGGCGUUCAAUUGGACGGUGGCGGACGUAGUCGAGGAGGAGGGGAAGAUCUGGGACGAAGACGACACGGUCAAUAUUAUCCACCCGGUAUUUGUCGUUCCGUGGGGACAGGCGGAGGCGGUGAGAAAGUACUUUGAGGAAAAGGCUUAGUUUUGAGGAAUGGGUUGUUGAGAGAGAAGGGACAGCAACACUAAGUAAUAAAAAAGGUAGAGGGUCUCACUUUCCUGUUCACAGCUUUACAAAUUGGUGACGUGCGAGGAAUGAUCCAUCUUUUAUCCAAAGCUGAUGAUAGGAUCAAUCCAAAGCCUUUCAGCGACUCGUUCUCAAUGAUAAGAAAUAAGACAUGAAUCGAGUUUGCGACGAAAAACUCAAUGGGCUUGAGUAUGUAGAGACUUGGUUCCUAGGCAUUUCCCCGCCCUGCAUAAAAUUCUAGUCAAAACACCUCGUCUGGUCUCAUCUAUC